AUGAGCCACACGUGCGUCAGCUGUGCGCUCGAGUUCCCCGACGCCCCCGCCCAGCGGGCCCACAUGAAACUGGACUGGCAUCGCUACAACUUGAAGCGCCGCGUGGCACAGCUCCCCGCCAUCAGCGAGGCCGUGUUUGUGGACAAAAUCGCGCAGAUGGCCGCCGACGACGAGCUGUCGGAGGACGUCCGUGCCGCCAAGGCCGCACGCAAACAGGUCACCAAGAAGGACGUGCGGCGCCAGCAGAAAGAGGCCUUGCAGGCGCAGCGCCGCGAGCUUCUUGCGGCCCGCGAGCGGCUCCAGGACCAGUUCGGGCUGCUCCGCGAACCCAACCCGUCGCCCGCGCCGCCCGCGUCGCCAGAAGAACAGCUCGUGGCCCAGAAGCUCGCCAACCGCGUGCACAUCCCCGUGACCACGUGCCUCUUCUGCCCGGCCUCCAAGCACCUGCACUUCGCCUCGUUGGACGACAACUUGGCCCACAUGUUCAAGGCCCACGGGCUCUACGUGCCCGAGAAGUCCUACUUGGUGGACCCCGAGGGCUUGGUCGCCUACUUGGGCGAGAAGAUCGGGCUCGGAAACGUGUGUCUCGUGUGCUCGUACCAGGGCAAGAACAUCGACGCCGUGCGCUUGCACAUGCUCUCGAAGCGCCACAUGCAGAUCCCCUAUGAGGACGAGCAGCACAAGUUGGAGAUCUCCGACUUUUACGACUUCACGGCGUCCUACGGCCCCGCCGACGCCGACGCCUGGGAGGACGUGUCCGACGACGCCGGCUCGGAUCUCAUCUUGCCCUCGGGCGCCGUAGUGGGCCACCGCUCCAUGGCCAGGUACUACCGCCAGAACCUCGCCCCGGAGAAGAUCUUAUCUGAAGGCCAAGGCACGGUCAUUGCGGCGGAAACCAGGCACUUCGCGGCGCCUGCCCAGAGACACCAGCUUGCCAUGGCCAAGCGUGCGUGGGGCCACCAGAAGAAGAGGGAGGACACGAACGACAGACGCGCGCAGAAGUUCAUCAACAACCAGCCGCAUUUCAGAGACCCGCUCUUGCAGUAGACGCGUGUUCUGCUGCCUGCGUGGCCCUGCUGUUGCUGCCUCGGCUGCGGCUGCUUGCUG